CUGCGGGCGCUUCCCUGCCUCUGAGGCGAGGCGAAGGGGCGGCAGGGGACGGCGGCGGCGCGAUUGCUAAGUCUGAGCGACGAGAGGCAAACAUGGCCCAAGCACCCACUGAUCCGAGUAGUGCUGAAGCUGCUGACCCAGAGGAGAGUUCUCCAAAUAUGAUAGUCUACAGAAAGAUUGAAGACAUCAUUACGAGAAUGCAAGAUGACAAAACAGGUGGAGUUCCCAUCCGCACUGUCAAGAGCUUUCUGUCCAAAAUCCCCAGCGUGGUCACCGGUUCUGAUAUUGUGCAGUGGCUUAUGAAGAACCUCAGCAUUGAGGAUGCAGGGGAAGCAAUACACUUGGGAAGUCUUAUUGCUGCACAGGGUUAUGUCUUUCCAAUCUCAGACCAUGUCCUUACCCUGAAAGAUGACGGGACGUUCUAUCGUUUUCAGGCACCAUACUUUUGGCCCUCAAACUGCUGGGAACCAGAAAACACAGAUUAUGCCAUCUAUCUUUGCAAACGGACCAUGCAGAACAAAGCUAGGCUGGAGCUGGCGGAUUAUGAAGCCGAAAACUUAGCAAGGCUUCAGAGGGCGUUUGCAAGAAAGUGGGAAUUCAUCUUCAUGCAAGCAGAGGCCCAAGUGAAAAUCGACAGGAAAAAAGAUAAAACAGAAAGAAAGAUUUUGGACAGCCAGGAAAGAGCAUUCUGGGAUGUGCACAGGCCUGUGCCAGGCUGUGUGAACACCACAGAAAUGGACAUUAGAAAAUGUCGCCGUAUGAAAAACCCACAAAAAGUGAAAAAGUCAGUGUAUGGGGUUACAGAGGAGUCUCAGCCCCAAAGCCCUGUACACCUGCCCUCCCAACCGCUGCGCAAAACGACAAAAGAGGAUUUCCGGAAGCAAAUAACUUUUCUGAACAUGCAGAUAGAGAGGCAUUGUUUAAAGAUGUCCAAAGUAGCAGAAAGUUUAAUAGCCUACACAGAACAGUAUGUGGAAUAUGACCCCUUUAUAACUCCUGCUGAGCCUUCCAAUCCCUGGAUAAGUGAUGAUGCAGCAUUGUGGGACAUUGAAAUGAGCAAAGAACCUAGUCAGCAGCGUGUGAAAAGAUGGGGUUUCUCCAUGGAUGAGGUGCUGAAGGACCCUGUAGGACGAGACCAGUUCCUUCGUUUCCUGGAAUCAGAAUUCAGCUCGGAAAACCUCAGGUUUUGGUUGGCUGUCCAAGAUCUCAAGAAACAACCUUUACAGGAUGUGACCACCAGAGUGGAAGAAAUCUGGCAGGAGUUUCUAGCUCCUGGGGCCCAAAGUGCUAUCAACCUGGAUUCCCACAGCUAUGAGAAAACAAGCCAAAAUGUCAAAGACCCAGGGAGAUAUACAUACGAAGAUGCACAGGAGCACAUUUACAAGCUGAUGAAGAGUGACAGCUACGCGCGCUUUCUGCGUUCGAACGCUUACCAGGACUUACUGCUGGCAAAGAAGAAGGGAAAGUCUCUGGCAAGCAAGCGCCUCACAGGCCUGAUGCAGUCCUCCUGACAGCUCCAGCCGACCGCCCCGCGGGAGAGACAGCUGGGACCACUGCUGGGCACAAGGCAUUUCAGGGAGAGCAGGUCCCUGCAGGGGAGACAGCCUGAGCAAGUGGAGGCAGAGAGCCACAUGCCAUUGGAGCACCUCUCUUCACAGUUUACACCAACACGUCCCUUUCUGCACAGCUCCUUAAGGACCCUGAGCUCUGUGCACGUACUUUAUUUCCAGCUGAGGUUUGGAGGAGCACACUUCACCAGACACGGGAGGUCGACAAGGCGAGGGCUUGCUGUCUCAUUGUUUAAAGAAACAGACCCAGCCACAGCUUGGAGAAAGAACAGCUGACAGAUCAGUGUUUUUCCACGUCUCUUUUCUCCCUGGCACAAACGUGACUGUAAUAAGAUGGCGCCGCAAUCUCACUUACUCCCUUUCAUGUGGCCGUCUGGAUCCAAUAAAAUAUCUGCUGGAAGCUGCUUCUCCUUCUCACAAAACCCCAAAUGCAUUUCUCCUGCAGAUUCACUGACUUUUACUUUGUUUUUCUUUCCUAUGUUUCUCCUCCUUUAAAGCAAUGAAAAAAAAGGUACUAUUUGAGGUCAUCACUCAUUGUUCUUCCAAUAGCAUGUAGCAUGUCCAGAGAUGAUGGCCAGAUCCUCAGCUGAAGUCAGGAGAGCAGGAGUGGUUUUCAUCACCUGAGGAUCUGCCCCCUUGAGUCAGACUCUGAUCCUGGUGCAAAUUCUCUGACGUCGGUGGAAUCGUUCUGCAUGAGCGCAUAGUGCAAAUGUGAUCAGACUCUGCCCGAAGCUCAAAAAGUCAAGUUUGAAAUGUGCAAUGCACACACAAGCACACACACGCACACACACAUACAUACACAUAUUUUAAAAUGAGUUGGUUUAUAUUUUAUUUAAUUUUCUAUUUAUUUAAGAUUUUGCACACCUAAUCAAUGAUGGAUGUUCAAGCUUUUCUCCAAGCAAACCAAACCAGACUCCAAUUGGAGAGGGCCAAAAUCCAGUCAUAUGUGUCCAGGGAAAGGUAACUCUGAUGUGGGCAGGUGUAAAAAUUCAGCUUACAGUGAGGAGAGAAUUGAUGGAGAUGAGACCAGCAGAAGCAGGGUGUGAAUAGGCAGGGUACAGGGUGCCAGGUGACCCUCCCUAAGCGGCACACCCAGCUGUGGUAUCAUGCUCAGAUAACCAACCCUGCUGAGAAGCAUCUUUCUGAGAGUGAAAUGGUACCAUUGGAGGAAAUUAGUUUCCACUAAAACUCAUCUGACCUACAGCCCAUUAAUUCAACAGCAAAAGAUGACCCAUUAGCUUGUUUCAAGCUGUUGGUGGUAUUGAGGUUAGGAUGAGGACAGGACUGAAGUGACUUUAUUAUUUAUACUAGCUGCAGAUAGGAAAAUGGCCCGCAUUCACAUACGGUAUACUAUUGCUAUAUUAAAAGAAUUUAAAGACCUAGCUGACUUAGUAUCACAAAAUCUCCUAUAUUUUGUAAGCAGUUCAGAUCCAAAGCAUACAGGAAACUAGACAUUUCUUGGUCUACUUCACUCAUACCAAGGCAAACUGGCUUUUAGUACAGGUGGUAGAAACUUCUAUAUGGCUACAAGUCUGCACUCCUACCUAGGCAAAACAUCUAGCUAAGUAGACAGCUGGCUAUCAACAAUAUUCACUUUUGAAGCAAGUAUUAUUCUAAUAUCUAAGGCCUAUGUAUGCACAAAACAUGCCAGCAUAGUUUCUGACAGAAAAAGGACCUUCCUUUUUGUCCAUGACAGCUCUCAUUCUGAUACAUCUUUUCUUUCCUUCAGAAAAGUCCAAAUAUCAAUUAUACCUAAGGUCCAUUCACCUGCAUGAAUGUACAGUAGACUACUGAGUAUGAUGUUUGUUUUUUACACAUGCCUAUACCCUAAACAGCCUGCUGUCUGAGGCCUUCAGACCAAAUUCAUCCUACAUAUAUAUGACAUACAAGCAAGUUCCAGGACUGCAGAACCAUGAAUGUCCCUGACAUUCUUGUGAUCCCCUGCCUCUGAAGAGAACAUUUGGUCCCCUCCAAAUUGUCGCUUCCUAAGGUCCUCGCAGGACCUGUUUGUCCUCUCUUGCCCACUCAGCCAAAGGGUCCCCUUGGGAAAUAGCAGGUCUUUGUGUAAUAGGCUGACAUGUCCAUUCAUGCAUAUGUGUCCCCUUGGUCAUCCUUAGGAAAAUGCAGAGGUCAUCUC